GCAACACGCUACAAUGGUGCUUAUCUCUGCCACUGAGAUCAUCGAGACGGCCAUGGAACUCGGGCUCUCAUCUCUCAUGGCCUUUGCCGGCUACAAGUACCUUUUGAUCUCGGGUCGCUUUUGCGCGUUUGUAUUUCCGGCCUUGGCGUUCUUUGGGUCACUCUCGGCGUGGACGACGCCACCAACUGCCAUGUACUACCUCGUCGGCUUUGGCAUCUCGGUCGCUGCAGUUCCCGUUGCGUGGCUUCUCCCCGUUGUCGGCACCUUUUGCAUCGGGGCACUCGCAGGCUACUUUGCCACCGCGUUCGCACUCCUUGUCGCAGGCGUCGGUCUCCUCACGGCUCACGUCAUCGGUCUCUUGGUGGCCGUGCCCGUUGGUAUCGCCUGCAUCGGACGCCGCUUGCCGCUCAUUUUUGCCUCGGCCUUUGCGGGCUCGCGCUUGGUACUUGCGUCACUGAUGAUUUUGUACUUUAUGAUCUACCCGCCGACAGAGGCCAACGCGGUCGUGUCGCGCGAUGCGGGCCUCACGGACGUGAGCUACGCGAUGCUUUUCCUAAACUUUGGGAUAUUUGCGGCCGCCCUUCUUGCGCAGCUCAAGUGGACGGCGCCGCCAACUGUGGAAGCGUCGACGCCGCCGCUUGUCGAGACCACGACGCCCCAAACCAUCUACAAGCAGAUUUAGUGGAACGUCGCAGAAUGGCAGAGCCAAGGGAAUAACACAAUAUAUCCCUUGAGCCGAGCACAAGAGAUAACAAGUAAGACGCUUGAACUUCGCUUGGAUGAGUGCACCAUUUUCCUGGUUGGAACGUUUACGUGGUGUACCAGCAUUCCAGGGGAUUAAUUCG